CUCAUUAAGAACAGGAAAGCAAGGAGACUGAGCAUCACAGGUUUUCUCCAUUAUGAAUAUUUGAAGCCGACCAGCAAAAUUCGGGUGUGAAAGUAAGUCAAAAAUUUUGUGAAGGGUUGGUAAUUCCCACACAAGACUCAAGCUCAAUUGCCAGCAUCCAUGUCAAGUGGCUACUCACAAUGGCAAACCCUGCUCUAGGAGAUCUGACACUCUUCUUUUCUCUGUGAACUCUGCAUUCACACACACACACAGAGUUAAAAACAAUAAUUCUUAAGGAGUUAAAAAAGAAUUUAGAGAAAACAUACAGAAAAUGUUCUGUACUCCAAGUGUGUAACAAAGUCUUCCAAUCAAAUACAAAAGAUCCUGUUAUGGAAAAUGGCUAAGAGAGUUCUCUGAGAUAGAGAAUAAAAGGCCCAAAAUAUGUAAAAAAGAUAUACUCAAGUCAUAAGUAGUCAUGGAAAUGUAUUUUGUACCUGUAGAUGGCACUGUUUUCUGCCAACCAUGGUGACUGUGGUUCUUGAGCUAGAAAUAUUGGAAUGCUUAGUCUCUUUUUAUGCCAAAGAUGGAGGAAAUGACUGAUUUGUCCCCAACAUCCCAUCCCUUAUUUCAAUAAAAAGUGUUUUAGAAGGACAAAAACAGGAAAUUAGACAUUCUCCAAAUAAGAGUCUAAAUUACAUACUGGAUAAAAGCACCAUUUGGUUCCUUUGAGUUCAGGCUUGAGUUUUACUAAAUCAGGAGAUUUAAGAGCAGGUUCCUAAAGACCAUCUUGUGGCUUCAGAACUAUCCAAAGGGUCUGGGGGUUGUUGGGAGCAAUAUUAUCGAAGGUUUUAUUGGGGCACUAGGGAGAAUGAGAAGUAAAUUAAGUUUUAUUAAGCCCAAUUUUAAAAACGAAAACACAAAGCUCUAGAGUGAUUUGGCCACUGUGAAUAAAGAAGACACGGAAUUUGCAUUGGCAUCAUCCUGAUUCUCAGAUGUGAGAUCAGGGUCACAGUAGCUGCAUACAUGCAUCUUCUAAGCCACUUGAGUAAAAUCUAAAUUUGUCUUGCCUGUACUCUUCUUAAGCAUCCUGUUGCACAGGACCUCUGGGGAAGUUUGGCAGACGGUAUUGUCUCUAAAACAAUGUGUGAUAUUUAGACAGUGUUGUUGUCAUGAAUUAGUAAAGGAUGUUUUAAGUUCCAGCCCCUUCUUUUAUACCUACCUGCCAAGAGACUGAUGAAAUGAUGUGAGGGCCAAGCAUUUCACAGUUUAGUUUCUAAGACAGCACUCAAAAUCCUCCAAUGCCCUACAACAGCACUGAAGAACAGUGGGUGGUUGCUUGGUCAGUUGGUUUUAAAACUCAAACCUUCUCUUUUUUUCCCUUUCUUGCAGAAACCCUGGCUCUCAAAUAGAACUGUGAGUCCAGUUACCAGCAUGGCUUGGUACAGCCUGCUUGGCUAACGUAUCUCAUCAGGGGCAGGACCCAAGGGUGCACAUGCACAUUUAGCUCCCAGUUCCAAGGGAUGCUCUGUUGAUCCGGGAUCAUACUUUGGAAAUCUCUGGCUCUUAUUUCCCUUCUUUAGUGUCACUAGGUUUUGGCCUGCUUAAAAUGUAUGAAACAUCUCUAAACUCCCUCAUCAUCCUAAUUAUGUAAGUUGCAAGAUACAGCUAAUAUUUUUUAGCAGUUGUUGCAAAAGAAGGGCUGUGUAAAGAAAAGGGUAAUUUACAAGCCAGUUUUGAAUCUGUACUGAGCAACAGCUAAGACUUUGAUCACCUUUCAUAACGGUUCUGUUAACUGUCAAACUGGGGCAUUAAGGCGUCUUUGAUCAACUUUCAUCACUAUCCUGCUCUCAAACCAUGAUGCUUGCUCAUCAAAACACCAAAGUUAGUACAUUCUCAUAGCAUUUUUAAAUUGAACAAUUUAAAGGUUUUUUUUCAUGCUUUUUAAAAAAUUCUUUGGUGGGGGUUGCUGGUGGUUGACCCUUGCAAUUGCAGUUUUCAUGUGUUACCUACCUAUUAUACUGUUAUCUGAACCACUGGGAACAUUGAAAUAUACCUAUGUACAAUUCAGUAUCCAGCCAGACAAGAAAUCCCUGAUAAACCAAACAAAUCUCCUUUGACUCAAUCACAAUUAUUUGCCUAAAACAGUUUCAUUAUAUUCAUUACUGGUUUAUUUCCAUUUUCUUUAAGGUGUUACCAUGGAGCCAUUCUUUUCAUCUACGAGUUGCUUUAUCGAGAGUGGAAAUGGAUGUACCCUCACUCUGUCUUCUGCUUCUCUUGGUCACCAACAUUGUGGGGAUUUUACAUGACAGUUCACUAGGCUCUGGGUGUCUUACACAUGGAGUCCUAGUAACACAUUUUUUCUCACUGGAUACUUUACUGUCUACCAAAUAUAUUUUGAGGUUCUUUACCCAGUGUAAUAUGCUUUGAUUUUAUCCUAUACGCCGUUCACUCAGUGGAGCUUUGUAAAAUACAAGUUAAGACAGUUGUCCAAAGAAUUUGGCUAUAUGAAGGUUAUUAUUGGAUGGUAAUCCUCAUGGCAGUGUAGAAAAUGACUGAAACUAGGCAAAGAACUACUCAAAAGGAUUUAUAUGAGUCAAGAACAACAAUGACCUUCUAGAAGCCAGGGAAGCUCAUCUACUUUCUUGCUUGUUAGAGACUCAUGUUUAUGUAAUUGGAAUUAUUUAGUGGCAUUUCAUUUGUAUUUUAAUAAAUGAAGAUUGCCUAAAAACCAGAAAAGUAAAACAACCACACUGGCAGCAACGACACACACCUUUAAUCCCAGUAGCCACAAUGACACACAUUUUUAAUCCCACUAGCCACACUAGCUUGCCAUAAUCCCAGGACUACUGAAGACUAUAAAAUGGGAGGAGAUGACUCUCAGUCACAGUCUCACUCUGAGAUUCCUAGAGGCAGGACAUUUUUGGACUGAAGUCAAGGUAAGAACCAGUGGCUGGUUGCUUUGCUUUUCUGAUCUUCAGGUUGAACCCCAAUAUCUGUUCAGAGUUUUUAUUAAUCAUGCUUCAUUUGGCACCCAACAUUUGGGGUACGAAUUCAUGAAAAAUCUGUUUGCCUGAUUGUUUUUGUCCACUGGCACAAGGCCCAAACCUAGCCACCUGCAUUUGGGAGAAAAACUAGCUUAGUUUCCAUGUAAAGAUGGAAAAUACACAGAGAAUCUGGAAAGUGCAUGUUAUUGUGUUGUCUUUGAAUUGUUUGACUGCUGAUAAAGAAGUAACAGCUGCUAAAAGACAUUUGAGUGUAAAUGGAUUUAUACUGGAUUAAUCUAACCUAUAUAUUUUGAAAAUGCUUUGACUUAAAAGUUUAAGUCAAAAGAUGCAUUACUUUGGAGAAGAGGGUUUGCUCUUAUUUCCACAGGAAAUGAGAGGCUGUGGAUUCAUUCCGGGUUAAGAAAAAUAAGUUUUGAUCAAGGAAGACGACCCCCAUUUCAGAGCACCUCUGUUGCAGUUUCUUCUGAGUCCUGAAUCUAGAACAGCUUCAAAGAUGCUGGUCAAUAAGACGUGUCUUCUCCUGGCAGCACCAAUAUACUUCAGAGAAGAUAAUGGACAUCGAAGAAACUCAAUAUGGAAUUUACUUUCUUUGUGACAAAAUUAAGCCACUGGGCAAGAAAAUGCUCCUGCCUCAACUGCUGACCGUGUCCUAUUCUAAUUAGACAAGCAGGACACAAAAGCAAGUGACUGCCUAUAGGAAGCUCGGCCUAAGCAUGUGCAUUGUACAAGUGUAGCAGAAAAAUGAGAAAGAAGUUCACUGUGGGCGCCAAAGUAAAGAGCAAAGAUAUAAAUUGUUGGAAGACCUAGCCUGAGGUAGACUGAACCAAGGGUGGUUUCAGGUGGAAGCUGUAUCCACGGAUGCUCCGGAAUGUUGCUGAUAUCGACCUGUCGACUUCUGUUUUAGGACAGAGGGUCAGCAUGCCAAUAUGUGUCGGGGCAACUGCCAUGCAGUGCAUGGCUCAUGUGGAUGGGGAGCUGGCCACUGUCAGAGCCUGUCAGACCAUGGGAACAGGCAUGAUGCUGAGUUCUUGGGCCACCUCCUCAAUCGAAGAAGUGGCAGAGGCCGGCCCCGAGGCACUACGUUGGAUGCAGCUGUACAUCUACAAAGACCGUGAGGUCAGCAGGCAGCUAGUGAAGCGAGCUGAACAGAUGGGUUACAAGGCAAUAUUUGUGACUGUGGACACCCCUUACCUGGGCAACCGCUUCGAUGAUGUGCGUAACAGAUUCAAGCUGCCGCCACAACUCAGGAUGAAGAACUUUGAAACCAAUGAUUUGGCAUUUUCUCCUAAAAGGAAUUAUGGAGGCAACAGUGGACUUGCUGAAUAUGUGGCGCAAGCCAUAGACCCGUCUCUCAGCUGGGAUGACAUUAAAUGGCUCCGACGAUUGACAUCACUGCCUAUUGUUGUAAAGGGCAUUUUGAGAGGCGACGAUGCUAGAGAAGCUGUGAAGCAUGGUGUGGACGGGAUCUUGGUGUCCAAUCACGGGGCGAGACAACUGGAUGGCGUGCCAGCUACUAUUGAUGCCCUGCCAGAAAUCGUCGAGGCUGUGGAAGGGAAGGUGGAAGUCUUCCUGGACGGAGGUGUAAGGAAGGGCACUGAUGUUCUCAAAGCUCUGGCCCUGGGAGCCAAGGCUGUGUUUGUGGGGAGACCCAUCAUAUGGGGCUUGGCUUUCCAGGGAGAAAAAGGUGUUCAGGAUGUCCUUGAGAUCCUGAAGGAAGAAUUCCGGCUGGCCAUGGGUCUCAGUGGGUGCCAGAAUGUGAAAGUCAUCGACAAGACAUUGGUGAGGAAAAAUCCUUUGGCCGUUUCCAAGAUCUGACAGUGCACAAUAUUUUCCCAUCUGUAUUAUUUUUUUUCCAGCAUGUAUUACUUGACAAAGAGACACUGUGCAGAGGGUGACCACAGACUGUAACUCCCCACUUCAAUACAAAGGGUGUCGUUCUUCUCCAACAAAACAGCGAUCCCUUUUCGUUCAUUGCUUUUGACUUUUCAAUGGGUGUCCUAGGAACCUUUUAGAAAGAAAUGGACUUGCAUCCUGGAAAUAUAUUAACUGUUAAAAAGAAAACAUUGAAAAUGUGUUUAGACAACGUCAUCCCCUGGCAGGCUUAAGUGCUAGGAAACAAAAGAUAUCCUCUGGUAAAAUUGGAGGUAGUGGACUGAAGGAAAGAUAAUGACCUCCCUGUUUAUUAACCUGUCUUAUGUUUAGAUUUCCUUAAGACAGUUCUUCUUACAGUGUGCGCUGGGCUGUGAAAUGCUGGAAAUGCCCAAAGAAACAUGACGCUUGGAUCCGCCGUGUUGAGAAAACAGCACUAGGUAGAAUUGAAAUGGAUGGUGGUAAUUUGUGAUUUUUCUAGAGACUUUUUGACUUUUAGCACCUAGGUCUCUGAAGGUGUAUUUCCAGCCAUGUAUUGAGUAUCUGAAUAUAUCUGAAUGCUGUGUGGCAGUCACCCCAUUCGAAAAGGAUAUGUCUUGUCCACUUGGGCCAACAUGAAAUGAUUUUCAUUUUUGAACUCUGUCUGCUCAUUCCCGUUUUUGAGGUAUUGAUUUCCUAGCUUCCCCUGAAUCUUUCCCAAUCCUCUUCACUUAUAGCCACAUUCAGGGUCAAGAAUGUAUUUUGUGGGGUUCAUGGUGAAUAAAGAUAGGGAACUUUUGCUCAGAAGGAAGCCCCCCCCCCAAAAGCCAUUUCCUUUUACCACAAUCAUUUCCAUAAUUGUCAAUGUUGCCUUCUUGUUUUUUUUUUCUAUUUAAUGUCAUUCUUCCUUGGACAUGGGGCAGUGGAGAUACUCUACCAUGCCAACUGAAGACCCUAUGAAAUGCCUAUGGUUCUCACUUGCACCUUGUCCUUCUUAGACCCAUGCCCCAGGACUUGCAAAGGAAUGGCACAACUUGACUCAGUAUACACUCUGCUUGUGUCAUUGAAUGUCACUUAAAAGACACAGUUUUUGAAGGUAAAAUUGUUAGUGUUUUAAAUACAACAACCAAGUAGCAUCAAACCCUGCACAUGGAAACCCUUCUGGACACUGUGAAGGUAAUGACACAGGGCUGUUAGUUUUAGUCCCAAAGAGAGAUUUCUGCAACAGGAGGCACACUUGGCUUCUGCAGUAAUUCUGUUCAAACGUUAUGGAGUGUUGAAUGAAGUCACUGAGAAAGAGACUUGCCAUCUGAAAAGAUGACUGUAAUUUCACUUUAGGAUUUUGCUUAUUGUCUUGUGAUCUUCUCCAUUCGGCUUCUGAAUACCAGGUCACUGCUAAAUGAUAGCAGUGUGGACACGCAUUUUCCCUUUGAAAUUAUGUCUAUGUUUGAUUAAAACAAGCAAUCACUUAUUCUGAUAAAAAUGGGAAGAGUUAGCUUUUACCUUUUCCUCCGGAUGUGGAGGAAACAUUAUCUUCAUAUCGUACCAUGUUGUCCUUUCUAGUUCACACAACUAUAGGUUCCCUGUAGAUCAUGAUGUAGAAAAUUCCCAUCGCUUCUCACAGUACCCUCUCCUGAAGAAAGAAUCCCUGGUGUCCAGGGCCACUGAUUGCUGUUGACUGCUGCUGAACUUUAUACGAUACAAACCUUAUGGCAUGUGCUUGGGUGUUUGGGGUGUUCUGUCAUUACAUGUGGAAGGCAUUGAUGUUGGAUCUAUUAGUAGUUGGUUUUCUUUAUUGGUCUGCAGCAUGUUGUGAUCCACUGUGGAGCCUUGCCAGAGAAUACUGGUCUCUUCUCUCAUUGCUACAUGUCUGAGGUGUUCCCAUGCUGUGCUUUGUUUUGGAAGUAGCAUCUCCUUCUCAUGAAUGCAAACACAAUAUGAUUUUAUGCCUUCUCCAGAAAAAGCUAUCCAGUUUGAACACGGAGAAAGUCAUUUUUCAUGGAGACACGGCCGACAUCUGGUUCAAGAGCCCUCAGUUUCCACUCUCUGUAACAUCUUGUCCUCACAGUUGCUUGUUUCCCUCAUGGCUGGAAGAGUCCUUCCACCCAGCUACAGACUGCCUGGGGCCUCUCUCGUUUGGGAUGACUGCCAACAGAAAUCUCCAGAAUUUCCUUUGCUUAAGCUUGCUUAUAUUCUGCUACCUGGAAGACUGUGGGUGUGAAAUAAACUUCCUCAUGACUACCGGGUUUGGGCACCCAGCUCUCAGGCCUGUAAGGGUGAAUCCAGUGGGCCUGAUGCUCCUUAGCGUGCCGUUUGCACGCUACAUCUGUAUCCUAGCUGUGUUAUUCAUUUGAUUGUUUAUCUGGCCCAAACCUUGAUGUUUGGGAAACAGCUUGAAAGGGCUGCGGUCCAUUAGGAUAGCAUGAAAGGAAGUUGUGGCUUGUUCUCAAAGAAGAAGGGAAGAGUUUUUCCCCUCUCUGUAAAAUUCAUAAUUUAUUUACAUGCACUGUGUUGCAUGUAAGUUGCAUAGCAACAAAAUAAAGUCUGGGUAUGGAAGACUGAGGGUUUCACAUUGCAUAAAGAUGGAGGGCACACUCUGACUUUGUAUUCUUUUAUAGCGUGCACCACGUCACUUGCCAAUUAUAGAAAGACUGCAGGGUGGCAAUUUAUUUUAGGUAUUAUGUUAACCCAAGUGAUACAAGGACAUUGUUAUAUGUUUAUAUGAUGGGAAACUUUCAUCCAUUCUAAAGAAUACAAUUUCCUGGCCUUAUCCAAAUCUAGCUUGUGUAAUAGGGCUCUUCUCUUUAAUUGGAUUGUCCAUAGACAGCUGAGGGAAAAGAAAAAGAUGCUUCUACGGACAAGUCAUUUCCUGUUUGCUUCAUGAAGGAUAAUUGUCCCAAACUAGAUAAUGACCAGGUUCCACUGAAAAGUUCCCAGAUUCUUCGAAAAGUCAGGAAUUGGGGAACCCUAGAUGCAGAAAUGAGGGCUGGGGUUUCUGAAGGCAACAUUGCCUGAUUUCCCUUUCUCCUUUGAUGCAGUGUGGCUGAGGAAAAGUCUUUAGCCCAGAGUCCUACCUGUUUUCCCUAGUAGAAUCAUUUAUCUUUGGCUAAUUUGUUUUCCUUUGCAGUUAAGCUUGUGUUUGUCCCCAACAGUGGUAUUGAUGGAGUAACGGGCAGGAAGAGCUUUUGCAUCAUAUGCUACAGUUUCCUUAACACAGUCAUGACAUGAAAGCCAAGGUUAGCUUGUCAGGAAGCCCUGGAUUAGGAUAGUGAGGACCUAAGUGCCUGGCCCGUCAACCAUAAUUCAGCCUGAGACCCCCUCUAAUCUCAGCUGUGAAAUGAGAACCAGUGUCUGCACAGCACAUCAGGUUAUUAUGAAUGUAACAGGAAGAAAUAGAAGAAAAUGCGGAUUGUAAAACCAUCUUAAAAGGGAAAUCUUAUUAACAAUCACUAGUAAUAUGGGAGGUGGUUUAACAAAUACCAAUGUGCAUUUUAUGUUUAUUAAGAAUUGACUUUGCUGUAUGAAUAAUUAUUUAAACAUUUAAACAAAUCAACAGAAAAGAAUAAAAAUUAUCAAAUAUUUUAUCGCAGGAAAAUAACCUAUUUAUGGUAGGCCUACCGUCUCAGAAACUGCUGUUCAUAUUUAAGAAAUAACAGUGGUAUGGGUAGAUAAUAGACAGGGAUGUCUUUCGUAAAACAGGGCUUUAUGUUGUGUUAUAUUUAAAUAAAAUGUUCAUUUAAUUUUAGCGUGAAUUUAGUAGAAGAAAACAUGAAAUGUAAGAGGAGAUUCUUAAAAUUAAACUGCUUCUGUUUUAAAAGGAGAUGCUAUAGCUUUCAAUUCACUCCCUGUAUAUUUUAAAAUUAUAAAAACUUAAGAGUCUGGGGUAAUUUUUGGCUUACGGCACACACAUUUCAAUUUCAGACAGUAUUUGUUGACCUAUGGCAGUAAAUAGGUAAUGAGACUCUCACACCUGUUCCCCUGUUUUCUUCCAAUCUUGUGAGCAAGUUUUUACACUGUCAUAUACUACCAAACACAUGGCUUUGUAUCAGUAAGGCCAGCCUCCCACAGCAUCUCUUUCCCAUCUUCCCUAGGCUCUGGUCCUUCUCUGAUACACGUGGUUUUAGAAUUCACUGACUAACUGUUAACUGGAAGAAUGACAACAUCCAAUGUGCUUCUGUAUGUUUAAAAAUCUAGAGCCAUAGAUUUGUUUGUCUAUGUGUCUGGCGAUAUCACUGACCAGCAGGAUGUGAGGACAGACUGUAAGGCCUGAUGUAUGUGUGAGUUGUUACCAAAGCAGGAGUAAGGAGAAUAUGUGACAUGUGGUGUGAUAACAGCUUUGGGAGGCCAAGAAGUAGUGAGAACGUAUGUGACACUGAGUAAAGAACGGUUAGCAAAGAGAACAAAGCCCUGUGAGCCAAACAGCAAAGUAGGAUCUAGCAUGAAAUCACUCUCUCAGGAAUUCUGGCGCCUACGUGGCAUCUAUAGAUUGCUUUAUCAUUUGGACAAGUAGCAUUACCCAAGUUAAGGACAUUGUUUUAGUCCCAACAUUCACUUAUUUGUGAAUACUAUGUCAGCAGUCUUAGUAUGAACAAGCAGGCAUCUCAAUUAAGAAUUAAACCCUAGUAACAGACCAUAGGUCUCCCCAAGUCAAGAAGGCAGUUCUUAGUUUUCCUUUGACAUUUCUACUCCAAUAGUAGUUUUAUAUCCUAACUACACCAUGGAAUUAGUUACUUAUUACUCUACAAAAAUACCCGAAAUAAUAAAUUUAGAGGAAGGGAAAAGGGGGUGGCUCCUGGCUUCAGAGAUUGCAGCCCAUAGACAUCUAUUCCUUUGUUUUGUGUCUUGGUGAGGCAGCAUGUUCCAGGAGAAACACAAUGAAAAAGCUCGAAUCCCAACAGCCCCUUCUAAGAAGUCACAACCUUAAGUAGAUUCAUCUCUUAAAUGCUGCAUUUCCUGAUGGUGCCACCAAAUAACAAUGGAGCCUUUUACCAUAUGUGACUUCAUGGAACAUCUAGAUCCAAGGCUUAACAUAUGCAAUGAAGUUUAAACGUUAAAGAGUAAUGCGUGACAGUCUUUUGAAAUUUCAAAAUGUGUGUUUAAAUAUGAUCUGUGUCAUGGUGUGAAUACUCCUGUUUUAAGUAGUAUUUUUUAAAACAGUAAGGAAGAAGAAAGCUUUUGAAAAAUUCCUUAUUCAUUUGACUGAACAUUGUUAAAAUUCACUAUUUUCAACAUUCCCAAAUACAUACUCGCAACAACAGCGAUGACUAUGGUCCAGUAAUACGCAAGACUCAGGCAUAAGUAAAACCUCAAUCUAUCAAAGAAAAGGGGAUAAAAUGAUUUAUUUCAUGCAACUCUUAAAUAGUCAUGAUUAAGCCAGGACAGUGUAUACAAAAGCCAGAAUG